CUGGGCCCCGUGAAGGACCGCAAGGCCUUCCAGAAGCUAAGCUUCCUGUACCAGGCCGCCCACUGCGUCCUCGCGCAGGACCCUGAGAAUCAGGCUCUGGCGCGGUUUUACUGCCACACGGAGAGGACCAUCGCGAAGCGGCUGGUCCUGCGGCGAGGACCCGGUGGGUGUCGUGGCUGCUCCUCCUUCCUCAUCCCGGAUCUGACGUGCACCCAGCGCCAGAGACGUGAGUGCUUCUGCGGGGGUCGAUGA